AUGCGCCUAGAGGUAAGCAAAAAGGAUGGCAUCAUUGAGGAUUUGAGGAGAACGAUCGAAGAACUGAAGAAGCAAAUGAUCAAGCAAGAUCGCUGCAUGGAUGCUUGUAAAGAAACCAUAAGGAAACUGCUAAUACAACAGAGCACCAUGGAGAGAAAACAGGCGAAAGCGAAAUGCAUGGAAAAUUGCUUGCGUAUUGGGCAGUUCAAGCCGACACGUCAUCGCGAAGAGUUCCGUGAGGUGUGGGCCGAUGGCUGGGCAUUCGAGGAGAUCAACAAAGCGCAGCAGAGGAUUGCAAAUGAACGCAAUGAAAUAAUCAACGCCUCACAGAACCUCAAAAAGAGGAAACCACCGGGCAAUCAUCCGCGAGACUUUAAAAGAGCGCUUUCUGCUGGUUCGGAUGGUAUGACGCCUUCCACGUCCACAGUAUCGAUGUCGAACUCCACUUCAAUCGGUGAUGAUCUGUUCGCAAAACCAGAACUUCCCAAAGAACUGACACAUCAGGAGUAUAUGGAACAGGAAGAAAUAUAUCGCUUACGCAGGGUGGUGAUUUGUGUUCUUGCUUUUUUAUGCUCAGUAAGUUAG